CCGCCUAUCCCUCUCUCUAUCUAACACUCUCUCUCUACUCUCUCACAUAACUUAGCUCAGUGUAGAAAGAGGAAAGUGUCUGGGACACACUAAGCAGCUCUUCAUCUCUGUCUCUCUCUAAAUGUGUUGGGUCUCUGAAAACACUCGCGAUUGCAGAAAAUGGCAAGGAGUUGGCUUAUUGACAGCAGAGGACUUGCAAGAAAAGUGAAAAGUGCCGGUGUAUCUUCUGCAUAUCAAAUCAAAGAUUGUGGGGCAAAUCGUGAAUGUCCGAAGUGCCAUUACUCUAUUGAUAACAGUGAUGUGUCUCAUGAAUGGCCUGGCUUGCCUGCUGGUGUAAAAUUUGAUCCAUCUGAUAUAGAGCUUUUAGAACAUUUAGCAGCAAAAUGUGGAUUGGAAAAUUCAAAAUCUCACAUGUUUAUUGAUGAAUUCAUCCCAACAAUUGAUAAUGAACAAGGAAUUUGCUACACCCAUCCUGAAAAUCUUCCUGGUUCCAAAAAAGAUGGAAGCAAUAUUCAUUUUUUUCACAGAACUACCAAUGCAUAUGCUACUGGUCCACGGAAGCGCCGCAAGAUUCAUAGUGAACAUAGUUCGGCAAAGGAGCAAGUCCGCUGGCAUAAGACAGGUAAGACCAAGCCUGUUGUGGAAAAUGGAGUUCAGAAGGGUUGUAAGAAGAUUAUGGUUCUGUAUAAAACUACAACAAAGGGCUUGAAACCUGAUAAGUCUAAUUGGGUUAUGCAUCAAUAUCAUCUGGGGACUUAUGAACAUGAAAAUGAAGGCCAGUAUGUGGUUUCGAAAAUUUUCUAUCAGCAGCAGAAGCAGACCGAUAAAAAUGAUAAUUCUCCCAUGGUUGAAGAAUCUGAUCUGGGGAUGAUUCGAACAAGUCCCAGGACUCCAAAGACGAACACUCCCAACCCUCCACGUCCAGGAAAAUCUGUUUCAUGCGAUGAUAUAACAGAUGAUUAUGUAUCCUCGUCAUCUGCACAGGAAGCAAAGUUUAUUGUGGAGAAAUCUCCUCCAUCUAUUGCUCAAUUUGAGGAUAAUAUGGACAAUUGGUUAGCUGGCGAGUCACAAGCUAUCGAUACCAAUGACAUCAAUGAUUCAUUGUUAUGCAAUGAGAUUUUCAAUUCUUAUUCUACUCUUAAUGAUCCAGUGCUGAAUCAUGGCCCUUUCACCAACACCAAUGAUGUUCUUGGAGCAGAUAGGAACACAACUUGUGGGAUGGCUGAUCUUGAGAACUUAGAACUGGAUACUCCUCCAGAUUUCGAGCUUGCGGAUUUGCAGUUCGGUUCUCAAGACAGUGUUUUUGGUUGGUUAGACCGGUUAUAGAGAGUUCAUUGUUUGAACUAAAACAUCCAACUAUGGCAAUGGAACCCCAAUUUUGCAUCAUCCCUGAGGUGAGCUGCUGUUCUUUUCUUUCCACAAGGUCAUACUUCAAUGGAGAAGGGCCGCUGCUUCGGGGGACACUGGGACUUCCCCCCUUUUCCAAUGUUUUCGGCAAGUUUGUUUUAAGUCCUACAAUGCGUCAAGGCAUAUGAGGCCAUGGAGUUUAGCAACUGACCAGACAUGACUAUAAAGCAGAAAUGACUCCACUUUUGAUUUUUUGUUUUCGUUUUGGCCUCUCUGUCAACUUAAUUCAACCACCAUUUAGGUGGCCAAAUCCUUUUGUUGAUUAUUGUGAUGUUGAUCUGUUUAUUUCAGCCAGUAUACAUGGGACAUGUAAACGCAGUACAUAUAUCAAACCCCCCAAAAAAUGUGAAUUUUUAUUAAA